AGAAGGACUGCCUCCACGCACGCUAGGUUAGCCGCCGCCGGCCGCCGGCCGCCUUCACCCGCCGCUGCGGGCCGCCUCCCCCGGCCUCCUCCUCCAUCACCCCGUCUCCUUCUCCCCCGCUCCUCCUACCUGUCCUGGCGCUGGAGCGAUUCCACGGCGGCGACACCACCGCUUUCCCCGCCGUCUCUGCUCCCGCCCCGACGCCUCUGGAUCUCCCGGCCUCGUGUCUUCCGGUACCUCCCGCCACUUGCAAAACCCUAAACCCUGUAAGCAGGCCACGGCUCCUGCCUUGCGGCGGCAAUGGCGAGGGUCCCUGCCGGCGACUGGGUCCCCCACGUUGAGGCCUUCGUCGACGUCUCCCGCUCCCCCGCCCAGCACUCUGCAGGUGUGGAUGCUCUUGUAGCCUUGGUCAACAAGGACAAGCUGACGCUCUUUGAUUUGGUGUCUAAGAUGGACAUGUAUUUGACGACGACAGACCACAUUGUUAGAGCAAGAGGAAUCAUGCUUCUGGGGGAAAUCAUGUCCCGCAUUUCAUCUAAAUGGUUAGAUGUUAAUGCCAUCACAACAUUUUCAGACUUUUUUAUAUCAAGAUUGUCAGAUUGGCAAGCACUGAGGGGAGCACUUGUUGGAUGCUUGGCUCUAUUGCACAGAAAAUUAUCUGUUGGCACUAUUAUGGUUGCUAAUGUCAAAAGACUACUUGAGGCUUUCAUACAUGAUGUUCAAGUACAGUCACUUGCAGCUGCUGACCGCAAGCUGUGCUUUGAAAUUUUUAGCUGCAUACUUGAUCACUACCCAGAAGCUGUCAAGACAAUGGAUGAUGAACUGCUAUACUGGAUCUGUCAAUCAAUCGAUGAAGAAAAAGACCCAGAGUGCUUGAAGCUUUCUUUUCAUGUGGUGGAAGUUGUCAUGAAGCUGUUUCCAGACCCAUCUGGUUUGGCAGACCAAUUUGCAAGUGACUUUUUUGAGAUUCUGAGCAAAUAUUUUCCUGUCUACUUCACACAUGGAGCCGGUGAUAAUUUAGGUGUUACAAGAGACGAGCUUUCUAGGGCAUUGAUGCAUGCCUUCUGUGCAAGCCCGUAUUUCGAGCCCUUUGCCAUUCCAUUGCUUUUAGAUAAACUUUCUUCCUCUCUUCCAUUAGCAAAGCUUGAUUCCUUAAGAUAUUUGGACAAUUGCAUUCAGUGCUAUGGAGCUGAUAGAAUGGUUGCACAUGCAUCAGCUAUUUGGUUUAAGUUGAAAGAAGUGCUUUUUAGCCUUUCUUCAGAUCAACUUUUAUCAUCAGGGUCACCUAAAGAUGCAGAGAAUAAUAAGAAUGAAAUAAUAUCAGAAGCUAAACAUUGCUUGAAGACUGCUGUUACAUAUAUACAUUCUUCGGAUAGAGAUAUUUUCAUCAAUUUGAUCUUGUUGGAUGACGAUAUUGUGAAUAACAUCCAUUCUGUAACAACUGAAGAGAACUCCAUCUGUAGUUCACUGCAAAACCAGAAACAACUGCAAGCCCUUGGAAGUGUCAUUUCCAUUCUUGCUGAAUCAUCUACAUAUUUGUGCACUAGAGUUUUGCAAGCACAUUUUAAACGCUUGGUGGAUAUUUUGGGAAACUCAGCUGGUUUUGAUUCUCAACACCUGAACAUCGGCAAUGGAUCAUCCCCUGCUGCUAUUAACUAUGGAGCUCUCUAUUUAUCUGUUCAAAUGCUUUCAUCCUGCCGAGAAGUCGCUGUGGCAUCUCGAGAAGGCUUCCCAGCAGAGGAGUCCUGGUGGCUCAUCUUAGAGGAAAAGCUGGAUCAAUUCAUCCAGCUUUCUGGAAAAUUGUUGACUAUUGAUUCUCAGACUAUCCAGUCAGCGGUCAGAAAAGAAUGUGUUUCGUAUGCUGUGAAGGGUUUGCUGAUACUUGCAACUAUGCCGGAACAAUGUUCACUUGUACUGGCAAAUGCUUAUGAGGAUAUUUUGCUGAUGCUCACAUCAGUAAUUACAAGCAAGUAUGAAGAUGCACAUUUGUGGAGAUUAUCAUUGAAAGCAUUGACUAACAUUGGCUCAUCUGCUGUGGAAUUCGGUGCUUCUAAAAGAGAAACGGUCUACAAUAGAAUUGUUGUUGACAAGAUUAUUCGUUUGACUGAAUCUUGUGAUGCAUCGAUGCCUCUGAAUCUAAGACUUGAAGCAAGUUUUGAAGUUGGCACCGCCAGUGUGAACUAUAUGUUAAGGGUUGCCAGAUCACUUGAAGAAGCUGUCAUCACAAAUAUUUCUCAGGUUAAUGGAAGUAUAGAAUGUGUGGAAUACGUAAUCUGUCUGAUUGAUUGUUACUGCAGUCGUCUCCUUCCUUGGUUGUUUACUUCCGGUGGUCUCAAUGAACUUGCUUUGAGCUUUGCUCUGCGACUGUGGGAUGAAAUUGGGGACUUGGUUACUCUGGAUAGAAUCAGAUCACAGGGUCUUCUUGACUCGCUAAUGAUGGGAAUGAAGUUAUUAGUAGGAGUCUGCACAGAGGAACAACAGUCAUUGAUUGUUCAGAAAGCAUGUGGCAUAGUAUCAUCGAAGCUGUCUCUCCCAGUGAAUACAAUGACACAUCAUCUGUUGUCUGUAGAGGAGUUAGUUCCUGCACACUCUGUUGAAGAUACAGCCCUUGUGUGUAUGCUUUCAUCAGUAAUAGUCGGUCUUCGGCCUCGAACACCUUUACCAGAAAUGAUCAUGAUUAUUAACCUCUUUUCGGUCUUUCUACUGAAUGGACAUAUACCAGCUGCUCAUGCAUUAGCUUCUAUCUUCAACAAAUAUGUACAGAAUUCAGACUUCUCACAUGAGAAUAAGCUGGAUAAGAAACUUGAUGUUAUUCUUGGGGAAUGUUUCUCAAUUGUAUUAACCAGCAGCAGUUUGAAGAUGUCUCACUCUGCUGCUGUCACUUCAGAUAGUGCUAACUCAGACAGCUUGCCUGGAACUGGAAGCAUAGGUUCAAAGUUUGAUAUCUUAUGUGGCUUGGCAUGGAUUGGCAAAGGGUUGCUUAUGAGAGGAGAUGAAAAAGUGAAGGAAAUUUCACUGUUUCUUCUUAAAUGCCUGGUCUUAGAUCAGAUUUCGGCGAACAUUCCACCCCACCAGGAAGAACACAAUGACAACCUCUCGUCAGAUGCUUCUCUUGCAACAGCUGCAGCUGGUGCAUUCCAUGUGAUGAUGAGUGAUUCAGAAGUCUGCCUAAAUAAAAAGUUCCAUGCAAGAAUAAAGUUUUUAUAUAAGCAGCGUUUUUUCUCAAUACUGAUGCCAAUUUUUCUCUCUAAAAUUAAGGAGACCCCGGAGAUGACAACAAAAUUGGUGAUGUAUCGAGCAUUUGGACAUAUUAUUUCUAAUGCUCCAGUGUCAGCAGUUAUAACAGAAGCCCAUCAGAUUUUGCUCGUCAUGGUUGAUAUCUUAGCUAAAUUGAGCAUGGAUAUUCAGGAUAAAGAUCUGGUAUAUAGUUUGUUGCUCGUCUUAUCUGGAAUGUUGAUGGAUGAAAAAGGCAAAGAAUGCAUUCUGGAAAAUAUGAACAUUAUUGUCAGUGUACUUGCACAACUUGUUUCCUAUCCUCACAUGAUGGUUGUUCGGGAGACGGCCUUGCAAUGUUUUGUUGCCAUGUCCAGCUUUCCCCACUCAAAAGUUUAUCGCAUGCGACCACAGGUCCUACAAGCAGCAAUCAAGGCUCUUGAUGAUAAGAAAAGGGUUGUUCGCCAAGAGGCUGUUCGAUGUCGACAAACAUGGCAAUCAUCAUUUGCUUAAGGUAGUCUUUCUCCUGCCACUGAUCAUAGUUCGGAUGCACUCACUGAACAGAGUGUGUUGUAGAGCAAGUAUGGAAGAUGUGUGAUAGCUCAAUGCAUGUAUACAGGCUGUGGUAGCGCUUAGGGUGGUAGAGUACAAUGCGGCUCCUUCCUCCUCUGAAAUGCUUUUGGACUGUAAGUUGUGGCAGGAGCGUAGUUUUUCGGAUGAAAUUUGGGGAACAACAGUUGGAUGGUGUAUGCCGGUGCAUUGGAUACAAUCUGGCUGACCGCCCUUUUGUCCCCCUUUCCUUGUAUUUAUCAUGAAUGGCCUAGGAUCAUAGUUGCAUUUAUUUGUACGACCAGCUCGCGAAUGUAUCUUUGGGUCUCCUUAUCCAUUGCAUUUGUGUCUCAAGACGGGAGAAUGCAUGAGUCAGAUGUGGCCUGGGUGCUGAUCAUCAUGGCAAAUUGUUCACCGUACCAAAGUAGUUUUUCUAAGCCGUGAGUUCCCCUGGUA